AUGCUACCUCCUUUCAAUCCACCCAUCAUCUUCUUUUUUUUCUUUCUUCAUUCUCUCUCUCUCUCUCUCUCUUUCUCUCUCUUUACUUCUCCCACUGAAUUCUACGUUUUCUUUCGUCGGUUCUUCCAGCCUUCAGUUUCUGUGUUUCUCGACCUUUCUUUCUUUCUUUCUUUCUUUCUUUCUUUCUUUCUUUCUUUCUUUCUCAUUCCUUCCUUCUUUCCUUCCUUCCUUACUUUCUUUCUUCCUUCCCUUUCCUUUUCCUCCCUUCCUUCUCUUUCCUUUCUUCCUUCCCUUUCCUUUCCUUUUUUCUACCCUUUCCUUCCUUCCUUCCUUCCUUCCUUCCUUCCUUCCUUCCUUCCUUCCUUCCUUCCUUUUCCUUCCUUCCUUCCUUUUCCUUUCACCCUUCCUUUCCUCCUUCGCUUCUCUUUCUUCGCUUCCUUUCCUUCUUUCGCUUUCCUUUCAUCCUUCCUGUUUUCCUUCUCUUCCCUUUCUUCCUUCCCUUUCCAUCCAUCCUUCCGUCUUUUUUUCUCUUUCCUUUCUUCCUUUCCUUUCCUUUCCUUUCCUCCUUCUCUUUCCUUUCCUCCUUCCCUUUCCUUUCCUCCUCCUCUUUCCUUUCUCCCUAAGCGGCAAAAUAUCAGCGCUGACCUCCUCAGACGUGUACCAAAGCACUCGGUACAACAAUGGAUGUCUGCCAACCCUAUCUAUCAUGAUUUCAAAGCUGCGCUCAAGUCCAUCUGA